ACAAUUAGAAACCCUCAUUUUUUUUCUUUUUCUUUUAUUUAUUUUUUUCCUUGACCAACAAAAACCCUAAAUUCAGCUUUAAUCUACAUAUAGUAAAAAGGGAAAAGAAAACCCACCAAUUCAAAACCAAAGAGGGUCUUUUGUUUCUUUUUCUUUUUUUUUUUCCCUUUCAUCCUAUCGAUUUCAUUGAACUCUGUUCUUCCCUUUUUCAAAAAUACUACUACCCUUUUGCUCUAAUCCAAAAGCAAAGCCAAACCCAUUAUAGAUAUCCCAGUUGCCGAUCAGAAAAAUCGCUUUUUUAAGAUUUAUAUUUAUAUACUUAUAUAUAGGGCUGGUACUUUCUGAUCAUUGUUCUCCUUCCAGAAACCCUCUGUUUUUUUUUUUUUUUUUCAUCUUUUUCUCUCUCUUGUUUCUGAUCAUAAUAAAUGAGUCUUUUUGUGCAAGCAAAUCUCCCUGAAACUUCAUUUUUAUCUCUGUCUAGCUAAGCUAAGCUCUAUUCCACGUCUUUCCAUUUCUCCUUUGUUUUUCGCUUCUCUCUCUGUUUCCAGAAGCUAUGGAUUCUGGUAACAGUGGGAGUAUGCAAUCCUCGAGCGGCGGCGACGAAGAGUACGACUCACGCGCCGAAUCGAUCUCAGCACUUUUGAGCUCCAACCCUCAAGGCCACGUCAGCCAUAUGGCCAACCACCACGCGCCGCCACAGCAGCACCCCCACCACCACCAGUCCUCCAUGUUCGACCCUUUAUCCAACUUCUUCGAUCCGACGGCUGUCUCUUCCCGAUCGCCGCUCAAUCUUGACAUGGGCUGGUCCAGAACCUUACGAUCCGACCCGAAUUCUACCGAUCUCGGAUCCGGGUUGAUGCCUUCGUCGUCUACACAUAACCAAAGCCACCCAUUUUUUGCAAACAGUCAGUACGGUCAAGGACAAAGCAGAGGCAGUGGAUUCGGAAUCGGCGGCGCCGGAGUUGGAGGGGGAGUGAACCUUGGCGGCGGAGGAGUGGGACUUGGGUCGAAUAAUACUUUUCAGGGCAUUCAGAUCCCACUCGAAAAUAAUAACGGUCCAAGAGGUACAAAUCCAGGUGCGGUUUCGGGAACUUCAACUCAAAACGACGUGAACAACAAUGUCGUUCGGAACCCGAAGAAGCGGUCAAGGGCGUCUAGGCGUGCACCCACCACAGUUUUGACCACUGACACCACCAAUUUCCGAGCCAUGGUUCAGGAAUUCACCGGGAUCCCGGCCCCACCUUUCACCUCCUCACCUUUCCCGAGAACGACAAGGUUGGAUCUCUUCGGUACAGGGGGAGGCGGUUCGUCCAUGAUGAGAUCAGGACCGUUGGAUUCGCCGCCGCCAUAUAUUCUCAGACCGUUCGCACAAAAGGUUCAGGCUCCCCAGCUUCAGCCAACGACGUCGUUCAUUCCUCCAACAUCAACUUCUUCUGCUUCAUUGCUAAGUAGUGCUUCUGUGGCUUCAACAUCAACUGCCAUUAACUACCAACAACCCCCACCUGGCGGUAGCGGAAGUGGAGGACAGAAUCCUCUCUUGAUGCAAAACCCAGUUCUGAAUUUCCAUUCCCUGCUUCAAGCUCAAGCUCAAGCUCAAGCUCAGCCUAAAUUCUCAUUAUCCAAACCUCAGACGUUAGGACCGCUGGAUCAUCAGAUUUCUCAUCAUGCGCUUGAAGACUUUGGGCUGAGCCACCAUGGGCUCAGUGGACUUCCCAGCCACAUGUCAUCGGACUUGCCGCUGAGGAGCGACGGCAACCAUCCAGCCACGGCAUCCCCGCCAACGACGACUGCUACACUCAACUGGGGUGAUCAAGUCGGAAUGGGCUUAAACGACAACAACAAUAACAACCGAAGCGGAAACGACAACAACAAUAAUAAUAACGUCGAUCAUCAGCAUCAUCAUCAUCACCUUCUCAUGAGGUCAAUGAAUGGUGGCGGUCCUACUACGAGUACUAAUAAUGGCAAACAAAACUACUCGGCUUCUUCAUCGGAUUUUCAUGGCGGUAAAGGGCCAGAGAAUGUAACAACUAGAAGUGAAGGUAUGGUGGAAUCAUGGAUUUGCUCUUCAGAUUAAAUAUUUAGUCGCUUACACCAAAUUAUAUCAAAGAAAAGAAACAGUAUGAAGCACGGUGAUUUAUUAUAUAUAUGAUGAUACAUGAUAGAGAAUCUUUUGUCUCUUCUCCAUCUAAAACCAUGGCUACCAACAUGAUGAUAUGAUCAUCAAACACCUUUUUUUUAUUUAAUUUUUUUUUUCUUUUCUUAAUUACAUAUAUUAAUAUAUGUAAAUAACAACAUCCUAUUUCUUUGCUAUGAUCCUUUCAGUCUUUGUUAUAUAUACAAAAAAAAUUCUUGGUACA